CCCGGUGAAAAGGUCGCCAGUGAAGAUACCAACUUGGGCAAUCCCUCGCAUACCGCUGAUGUUCGGCUCCCGUUCGGCUGCAUGAUCACGGAUCUACAAGGAAACCGCAAUCUUCUCAUUGCCUAAUUGGAAAUCUAUUCACAGCACAUCAAGGGCAUUUUCAGGGUGUACCCACAUUGCGUUUUCAGCUUACAAUUACAGGUGAAGGCACCGUAAAUGGUGCAAUGGCAACAACAGGCGCCCUAGGAAGAUGGAGCUUGAAGGGCAAAUUGGCUGUCUGCACAGGGGGAACCAGAGGCCUUGGGCGUGCCAUCGUUGAAGAGCUUGCAUCGUUGGGGGCAUCUGUCUACACGUGUGCUCGUUCGGAAGAAGAUCUGAAGACUGCACUCACAGCAUGGCAAGCUCAGGGUUUCGAUGUCAGCGGAACACCCUGCGACGUCAGCACGUCCGAGGGCAGGAAGGAGCUAUUGCAAGGUGUUGAGGCUGCGUUCAAGGGGAAGUUAGACAUCCUAGUCAACAACGUAGGUACAAACAUCCGAAACCCAACGGAAAAGUUCACGGAGGCGGACUACACGAAGAUAAUGUCGACGAACCUGGAGUCCGCAUUCUUUAUAACGCAGCAGGCAUACCCUUUGCUCAAGGCUAGCGGGAACGCAUCCGUUGUCAUGGUCUCGUCGAUUGCGGGGGUCGUCGCCAUCCGAACGGGGAGCAUAUACGCCAUGACGAAAGGUGCUAUGAACCAGCUAACGCGGAGUCUGUCACAAGAAUGGGCACGGGACGGGAUCCGAGUCAACGCCGUUGCCCCUUGGUAUUUUAACACGGAGCUUGCACAGCAGGUAUUGAAGGACGAAGAGUUCAAAGCACAGGUCGUCAAACGAACUCCGUUAGGUCGUGUUGGGGAACCAAGUGAGUUAGCUGGAACCGUGGCAUUCUUAUGCUUGCCCGGCUCUUCGUUCAUCACAGGUCAGGUCAUUUCAGUGGAUGGGGGGUUCAGUGUAAAUGGUUGUGAUUGGGGAGGGUGGCCGAGAGAUUGAUUGACUCAGGCUCCAAGCUAGAGUUAGAAGCAAGACGAACCGUUAAAGAGGCCGGAUCGGCUGAAUACAGGCUACCAAUUGAUGCGUUGCGAAGGUAACUUAAAUCAAGUCAAUCUAGCGCGCAAUACAUUAUCGAAGAUGUAGGCAAUACUCAGCAACAUAUCGUCAAGUAUUACAUAGUGCAAAGGGUCGUUUUGAAGGAGGCCAAUAUGUUGAGUAAAAUUUGGUUGCUCGGAUCCUAGUAUUCAAUUGGAUGCAUAAACCGUCCAUAAUUCAUUCAUUAACGUGAAGACAAUUGGAAAAGCA